CUCACAACAUUCAUCAUACUGUUUUACAAUGAUGAGGUUCACGCUCUUAUGUUUAGCCCUUUGUCAGUCUGUGUGGGGACACGGUCGAAUGCUUGAGCCCCCUCAGCGGUCCACUGUAUGGCGUUUUUACCCAGGAGAUUCCCGCUUUACACCUAACUAUAAUGACAUGGAACUGUUCUGUGGGGGAUUCCCGAGAAUGCUGAGUAAUGGCGGGAAAUGUGGUACAUGUGGUGACCCUUACGACGGGGUACGAGAAAAUGAGGCUGGAGGCAAAUACGCAACUGGGUUCAUCACAAGAAACUACAACAAGGGGCAGAUAAUCGAUAUAUCGAUUGAACUCACAACGUCACACAUGGGGUUCUUCGAGAUCAGAAUAUGUCCAAACAAUGACGUCACCAUGCCAGUUUCUCCUGAGUGUUUGGACAAACAUAUUCUGAAAUUCACGAACGGCGAUUCAAAAUGGCCGGCUACCUACACUGGGUUUUAUGAUCUCGAGGUUCAACUUCCGGCGGAUAUGACGUGUGAACAAUGCGUCAUUCAAUGGUAUUACAAAGCAGGAAAUAACUGGGGCGUUGACGAAGUAACGGGAGAGGGCUGUCUUGGAUGUGGUAAUCAGGAAACAUUCAUCAACUGUGCCGACGUCAGCAUCUCCGGUACUGGACCAACUGCUGAAACAACUUCUGGGCCAACUUCGGGACCAACUACAAUAUCAUCAGCAGCAACAGCAGCAACAACAACAGCAGCAACAACAGCAACAAAAACAGCAGCAACAACAGCAACGCAGACUACGACACCACCAACUCUAGACUCGUGUUCUAUAUCAUAAAGGCUGGGCCAAUUUCAAUAAUUGCUGUCCAAACGGUUGGAUCCUCCAAUUAGAUCAGGAUUUUCGUUUAUUAAAUAAAGACUGCCCGAUAUACUAAUGAUUGUAUCUUACUUUCUUAUCAGACUUUAGAUAUCUAACAAUCCAUCACAAAUUUCAA